CUGCUAAAAGUACAGCUGGUUGCGUCAUAGUGUUUCGUAUAAAGGAGUGAGUACAAACCAGCCUCGGUUACAGAGGAGUAAUACCCGUACAAUAAGCUGUGAAGUGGUUCUCUGAACGGUUAAUAUCGGCAAAGUUAUGUUGUUGUUAUCCAUGACAAUUAUUUUGGGAACCUUAACCAUUCAUGAUGCUGUCCCUCUAGAGGAUCAGAAUGAUGUUGGCAACCCUGUGAAAAGAAAUUACAGAUUCGUCGAAGCCAACAACCAGUUUGCUUUGUCUAUUCUAAAUGCACUUGAUAAGAAAAAUAAUAUAAUUAUGUCCCCUUGGAGCUUCUCAAUGACUCUGGGAAUGGCCUACCUUGGUGCUUCGGGUAGUUCAGCUCGGGAAAUGGAAGAAGUUUUGGGGUAUCGAUCUGCGGGAAUUGAAAGAGAUCUGGUUCAUGAUGGCUUUAGAAUAGAGGAAAGUGCACUAAAGAGGGUUCACGGUAAGAAUGAACUGAGCAGCGCUAACGUGGUUCUUGUCCAGGAAGGAUACACUUUAUCCAAGUCCUAUAAAGAUGACUUAAAACGAUACUACAACUCGUCAACCACAGAAAUAAACUUCACGAGACCACAGUCUGUACUCCAGUGGGUCAACGCCUGGGGAUACUGGACUUCAAAUAGCAAGAUCAAACAAAUAUUGACAGAAACACCACCAAAAACCACCAAACUGAUGUUGCUGAAUGGCGUAUAUUUCAAGGGUAAUUGGUUGAAUCCUUUUAACCCUGAACACACUCGUUUAGAAGAUUUCACCAAUGAAAAUGGUCGAAAAGUGACUGUCCCUAUUAUGCACAUGAUUAAUAAUGUAUCCUAUGUUGCAUAUCACAAGUUGGGCGUCUAUGCUGUAAACUUUCCUUACGAUGGAGAAGACAUUAAUAUGAUGGUGCUUCUUCCAACAGAAAAUAACAACUUAAAUGCUGUAGAAGACAAACUUACAACGGCUGUACUGGAAGACAUAUUGGCGCAGAUGGAAAUGCAAACAAUAAAUGUUGGCUUCCCGAAAUUUGAGCUAAAAGACGAUCGCAAAAUGAAGGAAACAUUGAAGUCCUUAGGCAUGCAAUCAGCAUUCAGUGAAAAUGAAGCUGAUUUUUCGAGGAUUGCAGAAACACGCGACCUCUACUUAGAAGAGGUCAUCCACAAAGCUGUUAUCCAAGUUAACGAGAAUGGUACAGAAGCAAAUGCAAACACUGUUAUACCGUUAAUGAACAAACGAAAACUUCCCGAGUUCUUUGCAAAUCGACCAUUUCUCUUCUUGAUCCGCAACAUGCGAAGUGGUGCCAUCCUCUUUAUAGGACAUGUCGUUCAACUAGAGUGACCAUACAUCAUAUCGUUGGAUAAGCUUGUUUAUCUAUAAGAGACUUUGUGUAUCCUAUCUUUAGAGCACUGCAUCUUUGUAAUCGAACUCUGUAUCUACUCUUGUCUA